ACACCUACAUUUUAAAUUCUGCAGCGGAAAUGAGCAGCAGUUCGUCUGAAGGCAAGACGAGCUCAUGGGAGGCGAACACAGCGACUCUUCUAUCGGAAGACUACGCGGAAAUCGUUGAUGAUGAUGCGGACUACUCCACGCCUGCUGUUCGGGACUACGAACUAGUCCGUAACCAGAUCGAAUUGACGGGCAUCAUCGGCGAGGGCCAGUUUGGAGACGUACACAAGGGCACGUGCAAGGUGGCUUCUGCCAACCACCCCUCGCUGAGACGGCAACUGGCUACACUAAAGCAACAAGGCAAAUGCAAUGCAGGUGAAUACAUCCUGCCCGUGGCUGUGAAGACUUGCAAAAUGGACGCAGAUCUGGACACGGCUGAGAAGUUCCUAGAAGAGGCCUACAUAAUGCAGCAAUUCUCCCACCCACACAUCAUCGGGCUGGUGGGUGUGUGCAGCGCGCCGCCCAUCUGGAUCGUGAUGGAGCUGGCAACCCUAGGCGAGAUGCGCGCUUAUUUGCAGCAAAACGCGCACAGACUGGAGACUUGUACGCUAGUGCUGUACAUCUACCAGCUGUCGACGGCGCUGAGCUACCUGGAGAGCAAGAAGUUCGUGCACAGAGACAUCGCGGCCAGAAACGUGCUGGUGUCCACGCCCACUUGUGUCAAGUUGGCAGACUUCGGGCUAUCCAAGAUGGUGGAGGACAAGUCGUACUACAAAGCGUCGCGCGGCAAGCUGCCCAUCAAGUGGAUGGCGCCGGAAUCCAUCAACUUCAGGAGAUUUACUUCCGCCUCUGACGUCUGGAUGUUUGGCGUCUGCAUGUGGGAAAUCCUGAUGCUUGGCGUUAAACCCUUUAGCGGGGUGAAGAACAAUGACGUCAUCGGCAAGCUCGAGAACGGGGAGCGCCUCGCCCUCCCGCCGCGCUGCCCCCCUCGUCUUUAUUCCGUCAUGUCGCGCUGCUGGGCCUACGAGCCUUCCCAGCGGCCCACUGCCCACCAGCUGAAGGAGACCUUAUUCGACAUCCUCCACGAAGAACGCAACACAGCGUGGGACACGAUGCGACGCGAGAACAGACGAGUGGCAGCCGCAUCGUGGGGUGACGAGCCGCCGCCCAAGCCCAGCCGCCCGCCCACCAACCUCACCGCUGCGGUGGACUCCACUUCAGUGCAAGCGGCCGGCGCUGCUCCUCAGACCUACAUCGUGGCUCAAAACCCUUUGGUCCUCGCACACCUCCUCCGAGAGAACCAAGCGCGGGCCCUCGAACCACAGGCCUACACCACCCCCGCCUCGAGUCCAGAAUUCGACACGGAGCAGGCCGUGGAGAGGCGACUGCUCGCCGAACUGGCGAGACAGCAACACCAGAGCGAGGAGGACAGACGAUGGCUUCAAAUGCAGGAAGACAAUCUGAAGCGGCUAUCAAACGUGCAAUUAGCUUCAGAGAUGGAAGCAAAUGAGCAGAAAGUGGAAGCGACGCCCGCGACCGAACCCAGGACUUCUAGUCAGCCGCAUUCUGCGGCAAAUUCAUUGGAAACAAGUCCAGCGAACACAGUGAAACCAAAAGAUAAACCUGUCGAAGAAACCAAGGGCCGCGGCAACACUAGCGAUCCAGUAUACGCGGCGACCACAGCAGUGGUCCGCUGCGUGAUGCGGCUGGCAGCCGGCUCGCAGGCGCCUGCUGCGCCACACGAUACCUUGGCCGCUGUGAGAGCAGUAGGAGCUGAUCUUAGGGCGCUGUGUGCCACUGUGGACCUAUUGGUGGUGCCGUUCCCUCAGUCUGCACAGAGGGAGGUGGAGAUGGCGCACCAGGUGCUGAGCAAGGAUAUGGCGGCGCUGGUGGAAGCCAUGCGCCUCGCGCUCACAUACGCCAACACCACGCUGCACCACGAGUACACCAAGAGCAUGCUAGCAGCAGCGCAUGUCCUAGCAAUGGACGCGAAGAACCUUCUCGACGUAGUAGACUGCAUCCGCGAACGGCACCCCACCAUCGACUGGCGCUCCGCCCUCGCGCCCGCGUCCGAAGACGCCGCCCACCAGGCUGUCCCCCAGAACCAAACGCUCACCUCGCAAAACCAAAUAUUCGCCACACAAAACCAAACGUUCAUCCCCCAAAACCCCCUCAGCACCCAAUCCUCUAUCCAAGACGACGAACCCCCGAAACCAGACUUCAAAAUUAACCAACCCGUCACCACUGGUCAACUCACCGAUCAUAUCCCCAAAGAACACAGCAGCCUCCCCGUAACUUCAAAUAGAGUCUCAGCUUUAAUCCACAACUACAACUUAUACGGAAACGUCAGGGAACCCCAACACAUAUAUGGCAACACCGAAGUGGGCGGGUCCUUCCAACACUCAGCCAGCGUAGACGAAACAAAAAUCGACAAUGCCCCGAUGGAAUCCGUCAAAAGCAGAGUCCAAGCGAUAUCCGGCAAAAUCGACUCGCCCCCGAUAUACUCGGUCAGCAAGAAAAUGAUCCCGGUCGAACAGAUCGGCCACGCUGACCAGGGCUGAAUGUUGCCAGCUAUCAAAUUUAGUUCGCUUGUAGGAGCAAUUUUUUUUUCACGGCGCCUCUGCGGAGGUUCGAAGCUUUAAUGCUAUGACGUUAGAACGACUAGUACUUACUGGUAUAUGCUAGAACGACAGCAUUUAGUAAUACUUAAUUUUUGCCCCGCUUAUUUUACUUUACGAAAGUAGUCGCAGGCUUUUCUAAAAGACAACUCUAUAAUGCUCAAUAUUCUAAUAGCGAAUAGAUGUCAAAUUAAUUUAAGUCCUGAGCCAAAUAUUGUCUAUGCGUUUAAAUCAUAUCCAUCCAUGUAUCCAGUUUCAUUUAUUGAAUUAUGUAUAUCUAAAAUGUGUAGAAAUAUUGAAUUUAUUUAUCUCGAGAGAGUACCAAAUAUAUUAACGAAAAUCAGUAAUAAAAACAUAUGACUUCACAAGCAUUAUAUCGAUUGUGUUUUGUCGUUUUAGUCGUAAUAUCUAUUGACAUAUCAUCGGCAUUGUUGUGCUUCAAAUUAAUAUUGUCGUGUUGCCUACUAUCUCAAAUAUUAUUCAACAUAUUUACAAUAUUAUUUCUUCAUAUUGAACCAAUUGACACAAGUACCUACAUACUGUUAAUCAUUUUUGAGUUUAUUUGAAAAUUCUAAAACUAUAAAUAGGUACUACGGACCGUGAACCGGUGGAUAAUAUUGAUUUGUGAUAUUAUUGCCAAUAAAUUUACAUAAUUCGUAUAAAAUAGCUUGCAGUACAGAUGAGAGCACAUUCCUUGAAUAAUUCGCACCGUAAAAAGUAAGUUGUAAUUAUUUUCAUACAAAUUUUAUAUUUUUGGUGUAAUGCAGUUUUUAUACUGAACCAUUACUGGUAUGUAUAAGUAUAACAUGAAUUCUUCCAUAAAACAAUAAUUAUGAUUAAAUAUACUUUUGAAAUUAAUUAUAAAGUAUUAAUUUUGUAGUCUAAAUUGUAUUAUUACAAUGUACAUUUUAGUUAAGGUGCAUAUACAGUCACAACUUGUAACUUGCAUUUAGUUUCUUCUACAUUCUUGUUAGAUGUUCAGCUGGUUUUGAAACGAUUUUCUUUGUAAAAAUGUACAAAUCAAAUCAAUUGUCCAUAAUUAUUUAAUUUUUAUCCAAAGUUUUAUUAUAAGCUUAGAUCUCAAAAGGAAUUUUUAGAGUAAUUCUUAUACUCGAGUUGCAGGUGACAGAUUUGACCGACUUAUUUCUUAAACAGUCUUCUUUUCUAUUCGAUUUUCUAAUCACUUCUCUGUUAACUUGAUCUGGCACUAUUUCUUAUGAACCAAGUCAAUUUGUACGCUAAGUGCGUCGUCAAAUCGGCCAUCUGCUUCGCUUCGUUUUGAUUAGUGUAUUAAUGAAUUCAGAAUUUAUUUAUUAACUUUGGUUUGUAAAGUUGUGUUUCCUAUAUUAGUGUUAGCAGGAUGUCAUUCCAAAGUACGGUAAUAUAAGUUUCGCGUAGUCCACGUAUCGUAGUGAGCCGAUAUACUGAUUGGAUAGACCGGAUUCUGUUUAUGUAUAACUGAAUAAAGGACAGGUCAAACAUUA